GAAUGACGAUGAUGUUUUCAUUUGAGUCUAUCGAGUCAUUGUCCAUCACCAGCCUUCACUCCACGUAUUGCAACAGAACAGUUAUGGCCUAUCCAUUUUUAAGAAACUAUUAAGAAUUUGGACUAGAAUGUAGUCACAAUAACAUUAGUUACUUUCAAUAUUUUAAAUUCACAAUCUGCUGCAGUGUCAGUGACUGUGAAUUAUUCAUGUAAAAGUUAAAAAAAACUUGAAUUUCAUUAUCUGUUUCUAAUUUUUAUAAUCAGUUCGUAAAUGGUGAAAGUUUUUGAUGACGUUAAAGUUCGUUUAUUAUCGAGAUAGGUCAUUUUCUAUUUCUAUAAAGGAUAUUUAAUUGUUUUUUUAUAUAUUUGAAUUAUAUUUUAUAUUAUACCAACAAUGUCUGAGCAAAAUGAUGAUUCAGUUGUUGACGUAAUAAAAGUUGGAUCAAGGAAAAGUGAAUUGGCUUUAAUCCAAACCAAUCAUGUAAUAAGUUGUUUAAAAGACUUGUAUCCAAAAAAUAAAUUUGAAAUUGUUACAAUGAAUACAAAAGGAGAUAAAAUUUUAGAUAUUUCAUUACCUAAAAUUGGUGAAAAAGCUUUGUUUACCCAAGAACUAGAGUUAGCACUUGAGAAUAAAUAUGUCGAUUUUGUAGUACAUUCACUUAAAGACUUACCAACAACGCUGCCAUUAGGUAUGGUCUUAGGUGCAAUUAUGAAGAGAGAAGAUCCUAGAGAUGCAGUUAUUAUGUCCAAAAAAAUGAAAGGUCAAACAUUAAAAACGUUACCCGAAGGAAGUGUAAUUGGAACAAGUUCUCUGAGACGGUCAGCACAGCUUGCACGAAAUAUGCCUCAUCUUAAAAUCCAAAGUAUACGAGGCAAUUUAAAUACUAGAUUAAAAAAAUUAGAUGAUGAAGAUGGGCCAUUUGCUGCAAUUAUUUUAGCUGUAGCUGGAAUUAAAAGAAUGGGAUGGGAAGAUCGUAUAAGUGAAUAUGUAGAAUUAACUGAUGAUGAAGGUUUAUAUGCAGUUGGUCAAGGUGCUUUGGGAAUAGAAUGCCGUGAAGCUGAUUGGAAAAUUUUAUCACUUUUGGAGCCACUCACUGAUGUUGACACAACUCUACGGUGCGUUUGUGAGCGUUCUUUUCUUAAAACUCUAGGUGGUGGAUGUUCGGCACCUGUAGCUGUUUCUUCUUCGUUAGUUGAAAAAAAUCUAACUAUUACUGGAGCAGUUUGGUCACUUGAUGGUCAAACUCUUAUUAAAGAUAAAAUGACUACUAAACUGUAUUUACCAGACAAUGAUAGUAAUGAACCUCCCAAAAAAUGUCCUUAUCGAGAACCACGUCUCUACUGUAGUGUAGUUCCAGGGAAUAUUAGUGAUAUGAGUCUUCUGGGUGCCGAAAAACUUGGUAAAGCUGUUGCCAAUAGUUUAAUUGAAAAAGAUGCUUUGAAAGUAAUGUCUAAAGCGAGAAAUGAAAUUUUAAAUUCAUAGUUUAUGGAUAAUAAUGACUGGGUUAUAGAAAUAAUAAUGUAAAUUAUUUUUGAAAAACACAAUCUACUUGAUAAUAUUCAUUUUUGAAUUGUAUAUUAAAAUUAUUUAGUUUAA